AUGGGGGAGGCCGAGGUGGGCGGCGGGGGCGCGGCGGGCGACAAGGGGCCGGGGGAGGCGGCCACCAGCCCCGCCGAGGAGACGGUGGUGUGGAGCCCGGAGGUGGAGGUGUGCCUCUUCCACGCCAUGCUGGGCCACAAGCCCGUCGGUGUGAACCGGCACUUCCACAUGAUCUGUAUCAGGGACAAGUUCAGCCAGAACAUCGGCAGGCAGGUGCCGUCCAAGGUCAUCUGGGACCACCUGAGCACCAUGUAUGACAUGCAGGCGCUGCACGAGUCUGAGAUUCUUCCUUUCCCGAAUCCAGAGAGGAACUUCGUCCUCCCGGAAGAAAUCAUUCAGGAAGUCCGCGAAGGAAAAGUGACCAUUGAAGAGGAAAUGAAGGAGGAAAUGAAGGAAGACAUGGACCCCCACAAUGGGGCUGAUGAUGUUUUUUCAUCUUCAGGAAGCUUGGGGAAAGCAACCGAAAAGUGCAGCAAAGACAGAGACAAGAACUCAGACUUGGGGGCCAAGGAAGGGGUGGACAAGCGCAAGCGCAGCCGAGUCACCGACAAGGUCCUGACGGCCAACAGCAACCCCUCCAGCCCCAGUGCUGCCAAGCGGCGCCGAACUUAG